AUGUGCAAAUUUUUAAGGUUUUACAUUGAUUUAUGUUGCGGUUUGCUUAUACAAGGAGAUCAUAUGGACAAUAAGGCACUCCACUUCAAUCCUCGCUUCGAUGCAGGUGGCGGUUGGUUUUCUGGUCAGCCGGAUCGCCAAUUGGUUAUCAACACGUAUAUAAAUAAUCAAUGGGGACCAGAGGAACGAUUCACAAACCCUUUUGAGCCAGGAAAGCCAUUCCAAAUACGGAUACUUGUACUAGAAAAUUAUUUUAAGAUCGCCGUCAAUGGAAAACAUAUUUGUGAUUUUCCUCAUCGAGUUCCUGUCAGCGAAGUGAAGACGAUAUAUGUGGGCGGAAAUAUUCGUGUGGACUUUAUCGAAUUCCAACCUCCGGUACGAUUGAACGAGAAUGGUGAGCCGAUUCUGGUCGAGCAGAAAAAGCGAGAGGAAAAAGUUACGACUGUAGAGAGGCCGUUGAUGCCAUUCAAAUGGACAUUGCCGGCGGAUGUCGGUGGUUUUGUGAGUCCCCAGACAGUACGCUUCACAAUCACUCCGUUUGUGAGUGCCAAACGCUUCACUUGCAACCUGUUGGCUGGAGGAGAACAUUUCUUCCAUUUUCGAGUCGAUUUUCCUAAUACUGCUGAGAAAUGGGCUAAGGAAGCAGUUAUACGCAAUAGCACUCGGAACUAUAAUUGGCAGACAGAGGAACGACAAAUCACGACCUUUCCUUUCUCGAAAGGCAUCACUUCCGAUAUUCUUUUCGUAGCGUAUGGAUCCACAGUUGAUGUCGAUGGAUCACCAUUCAUUAAGUUUGCAUAUCGCUCAGGAGAUAACCCUGCGCUAAUCGACAGGAUCACGGUAGAGGGUGAUUGCGUUCUACAACGAUUUGUUCACAAAAGUUAA